AUGGUUAUGCAACGUCGUGGACCGCCUCGUGGAAUUAACAAAUCUGAUCAGAAUCAAUCGUUCAAUGGUAGUCAAGGCCGUGGGUUUAAUGGACGUGGUCGUGGAGGAGGUCGAGGGGAUUCAAAUGGACAGGGAAGGGGAGGAUCUCGUCCUCAAGCGGAGACUGCUGUUAGUCAUUUUAACUACAGCGGUGGACGUGGUGGUUUGUCUCAAACAAUCCAGGUUAAACGUUUGCCUUCUUACGUGCCUCCACAGCCAAAAGUUCCGUCUGAAGCUUUGCCUGAAGUUGGCUUUGAUUCGUCGACGCGUAUGGACACCACCGCUCCAUGGAUUCCCAAGACUGACAACAUUCCAAUAAAAUCUCCAGUGGAGAAUAAGCCUGUUCCGUUUGGAGGUAAUGCUGCUGUGGCUUUUCAAACUCAACCGGAUAUUGUUCAUGAACCGACAUCAAAGACCAAUGUCGAGUGUUCUGCGUCUGUUAUGAGUGGAGGAACGGCGACUUCGGGUAUCAACAGUGGAAGUGUCGCUCCGACAAAUCUUUGUUUGUUUUUUUCUUAA